GACUGUGGCUUUUCAGUGCAGCUCUUUACUCGUGUUUGGUUUCCUCUGAACAACUCCUUUCUGAAGACUGUUGACAUAUUCCUCCUGUGGGCAAAAGGUAGGUGUUCCUCUCAAACAAAACAGGUCAUUGACAUCGUAUCAAGGAAUACAUACAAUGGGGUCCAAUCUUCAGAAGCAGUCCAAGGACAAAAAGUUCAAAAAGGUGCCCCAUGUGGUCUUAAUGGGCCUGGACUCUGCUGGGAAAUCCACUCUGCUCUACAGGCUCCACCGAGGGGUCAUCAUGGAAACAUCACCUACCAUUGGCUUCAACGUGGUCACUUUAGAGCUGAACAAGAAGACAAUGCUGACUGUUUGGGAUGUAGGAGGACAAGGUAGUCUGAGGUCUAACUGGAGGUACUAUCUGGAAGGAUGCAAGGCGCUGGUGUUCGUGGUAGAUUCCAGUGACAGGCCUCGCAUGGAGGAAGCAAAAAUGGCUUUGAAGACCAUUUUAAGUGACCAGCACCUGGAAGAUGUUCCACUGAUGAUCUUGGCUAAUAAAACAGACCUACCAAACUCAAUGGAGUUAAAUGAGGUGUGCCAACAGCUGGACUUAGAGAGCUGCACCAAAAGGAUUUGGGAGAUCCAGGCAUGUAGUGCUUUAAAAGGACUGGGACUGCACCAGGCUUUCCUGUCUGUGGCCAAUCUGAUUCAGAAACAGUGAGGGAAUAUAGCUUCAAUAAACAUGUCUAAUGUUAAAUAUAAGGUGUUAGAAUAACCAGAAUUCUGAAUUCCAAAAAAAAGGAUGGUAGAGACAUGGCACCAAAAACGUGUAAUAAGCAAUGUCUGAUUUAUUUACGUGAAUAGCUUAGGAUAAACUGAAAUGCACAUAUUAAUGCAUUAUACUAACUAGGUAGUUUAAAUAAAUUAUUCUAGACUGUAGCAAUACAAAGAUCAUAAUAUAAAAAAAUCAUUACUUCACUGUGUUGACAUGUUGCUGUGUUGUGUGUGUUUCUGCGGUAGAGGUAACUUCAUGGGUGUGUUUCAGGUACACCUUGUCAUUUACUUAGUCAUACACUUUGUCUUUUGUUCACCAAAGCAAGCAUUUAUUAAACAACUAUUUAUUAAAAUGUAA